CAUAUCCAAACAUCAAAAGAUGCAUACCAUUCCUUGGCUGAAAAAGCAUGUACUCUUUUAGAAAUGGCAUUUAAUAUGUUUAAUCUAAAUGGUGAAAAUGCUUUUCUAAAACAUUGGAAAGAUAUAGAGAAAUCUACCAAUUGGUAUUGA